AUUAAUUUAAGUAAUAGCAAAAAAAUUAAUCAAAAAUGUCUAAAGCAUUGGCACUUGUGGUUGUGUUAUUUUUUGUGGGAUUUUUUGGUGAAUGUUAUGGGGAACUUAGAGUUGGAUUUUACAAAGGAAAAUGUGGUAUAACAGAUGUUGAAGUUGUUGUUAAAAAAGUUGUUGAAACAUGGCAUUUUACAAAGAGGGAAAAAGAUAUUGCAGCUGCUCUUCUACGUAUGCAAUUUCAUGAUUGCUUUGUUAAUGGUUGUGAUGCAUCAAUUCUAUUGGAUGGAAAUAAUAGUGAGAAAAAAGCAGGCCCAAAUUCAAGUGUUAGGGGUUAUAAACUCAUUGAUGCUAUUAAAGAAGCUUUAGAGGCAAGAUGCAAAGGCCUUGUCUCUUGUGCUGACAUUAUUUCUCUGGCAACUAGAGAUGCUGUUGUCUUGAGUGGAGGAAAAUGGUACAAUGUAGAAACAGGAAGAAGGGAUGGUAAAGUUUCCUUAGCAUCAAAUGUGGAUCUUCCUUCUCCAUCUAUUUCAGUCUCUGAUUCCAUCAAAGUCUUUGGCAAGAAAAAAAUUUCUCCAAUAGACAUGGUUUAUCUUCUAGGUGGACACACUGUUGGCAACACUCGUUGCUCACUCAUCCAAGAUAGGAUAUACAACUUCAAUAAUACAGGUGUUCGUGAUCCAACCAUGAGCAAUUGGCUAUUUUCUGAGUUAAUAAAAAAGUGUCCUAGAGUUUCAUCCUUUGAUAACAAUGUUCCUCUUGAUAUGAAGACUCCAUCAUUUGUUGAUAACUCAUUUUUUGGAGAAAUUCAAAAGGGUAAUGGGGUUCUUAAAAUUGAUCAACAACUAGCAUUGGAUGGGUUGACAAAGAAAAUUGUAGGUGAUAUUGUCAAAGACCCUAAUUUUUUCACUAAUUUUGGAGAAGCCAUGGUGAAAUUGGGUAGAGUUGAAGUACUAAUUGAUGGACAAGGAGAAGUGAGGACAUCAUGUAGGGUUGUGAAUAAGAAGUCAUUCUUUUUUGGGUUGUUCAAUUAGCACAAGUGACUUUUGUUCAGAUCCUUCAGAAAUAUUGUCCGUGCAAAUUAUUUGGAGGAUGCGACAUGCGUGUCUAGCAGUUGUUUUGAAGAGUCUGGACAACAUAAAUUAUUGAUAGUUUAUUUACUUAUUUUAUUAUAUUUUGAUUAUUUUUUUUUUUUGGUCUUGAGUUGGUGUGGGAAGGGGUGAGUAAAGGAGACUCUUCCUUUCUUGAUUCUUUGGCAAUUGAAAUUUGAGUAUAUUGUUUUUUAUGAAUUUUUUUUCUUUUAUUUUCAUGUAUUAUGUUGUAAUUUGAUUGAUUCUUAAAAUUAUUUUUCAGAUCAAUGAUAUGAAAUAAAAGGAGAAUGUCAUUUUUCUCUA